AUGCAUGCAAGCUCGCAACCCUCGUCUGCUACUGUGAAGGAAUCCGAACAGCAGUGGUUGUGGAAGCAAGCUCUUAGCAUAGAUAUGGAGGACAUCAUAUACAUACACUUGCACCAGAGAGACGACACAUCACCGUCAACAUUGACACUCGUCAACUGUGACGGUGUGCAAUGCCCUCCGCUGCAGAUGUCAGCCGAAAAAACUCUGCCUCGCUUGCGGAAAAGAACAUGUGCGGUAGGCAAUGGAGUUAUGUUGGACUAUGUGUUUCGCAUUGUUCGCAUUGGCGGAGCGGAAUUCUCAUCUGAUUAUGCUCGACAAGAGGAUCGAAGUCCAUCUCCAACAAGUCAAAGGUAA